CCAGCUCUUUCCACCCAACUGUUCCUGAUUCUUCUCUUUCUGUUUUGCAGACGGGCUUCACAAUUCGGCAGAUCUGUGGAGCUCCUCCAGCAGCAUGAGCCAGUCGAAUUAUGGGGCCAUCUUGGGCGCUUCUUCCUCCCCGCUUCCCCAGUCUAGCAACUUCAGCAAUCUUCACCAGCAUGAACGCAUGAAUUAUCAGAUGCAUUCGGGCGAAGUCAACGGUGGGCUCCCAUCCGUCCCUGGAUUUUCUUCAGCCUCCACUCAGUAUGGAGUGUCCAGCCACACUCCCCCGAUUGGUGGGACAGAAAAUGUCAUGGGUAAUCGAGGAACCACCGCUGGCAGUUCAGGAGAUGCACUUGGAAAAGCAUUAGCUUCAAUCUACUCUCCAGAUCACUCUAGCAAUAAUUUCUCUUCGAACCCAUCCACUCCGGUGGGCUCCCCUCAGGGAAUAACAG